AUGACUAAUGCACAACCUCCUCCUAGCCGAGGAAUGGUAAUUUUCUCGGUAUCUUUUUAUAUCUCUACAGCCCUUAUAAUGGUACUUGUUAAUAAGUGGGUGUUAACGAGCUAUGCACUACCGUUUACAUUACUAUGGUUUCAAGUCUUUCUUGCUAUAAUAUUUUUACACAUUUCUUCACUUUUCGGACUGUUCAUAUUGCCCGUGAUCAAAAAAGAAAUCUGUAUUGGAUUAAUGCCGCUCAUUAUUAUAAAUGUUUUAGGACUUAGUUUUAAUACGUUAUGUUUACAAUAUGUGGAUGCAAGUUUCUAUCAGGUUGCACGUGCUUUGGUUCUUCCUUUCACAGUUUUAUUUUCAUACAUCUUCCUUAAACAAAAAUCAUCCGAAAUGAUUCUUUUGGCAUGCCUUAUCGUUUGCAUAGGUUUUAUUGUUGGUGUCUCAUCCGAACGUUUAACAGUUACUAUGCUUGGAACCCUUUUUGGAGUACUUUCUUCUGUUUCUACAGCAUUACAUGCUAUUGUUAUAAAGAAGAGUUUAGAAGUAGUUAAAGGAAAUACAAUGGAACUUGUAUAUUAUAACAAUAUUCUUAGCAUUUUUGCAUUUACACCAUUGAUUUUUCUUUUUAACGAACAAACAGAGGGAUUUUUCGGAUUUUUGAUUAAUAUUGCAGGAUUUCUUCAGAUAAAAGUUACUUCCCCAGUAACACAUAUGAUUUCUUCUGCAUUCCGCGGUGUUAUUCAAACAGUAUUUGGUGCACUUAUAUUUGGUGACAUUUUAACCAUAGGUCGUGUUGAGGGGAUCGCCCUAAUUCUUGCAGGAAGUUGUUUUUACACAUGGAUCAAAGACCGAGAAUCUAAAAAGAAUACUGCAACCACCAUCACUACAACAUCCACAACCGGUGAUGUGAGAACAUAUGAUAAAUUAGAAAAUGGUGAAAUUGAAGAUGAUAAUAGAACUGAAUCAAUAACGGAAGUAAACGAAAAGUAA